CCCGAUCUCGCGCCGCCACGCCGAACGCCCACGCAAUGGCCGACCCAUCCCCCGCGAAGAAAGCGCGCCUGAGCCUCGGCGGCGUCGACACCGUCGUCGUCCUCGACUACGGCUCGCAGUACACGCAGCUCAUCACGCGUCGCGUGCGCGAGCUCGGCGUCUACGCGGUCCUCCUGCCGGGAGACGUCGACAUGAAACGCAUCACGGACUUGAACCCCAAGGUGAUCAUCCUCAGCGGCGGCCCCAACUCCGUGCACGUCGAGGGCGCGCCCACCGUCCCCGACACCUUUUUCGACCACUGCGAAUCGCACUCCAUACCCGUCCUCGGCAUCUGCUACGGCAUGCAGCUCAUCGUGCAGAAGCUCGGCGGCGAGGUCAAGUCCGCGGACAAGGCGGAGUACGGCCGCAUGCCCGUGCACACGGUGAACGCGUCGAGCCUGUACGGCAACGAGGGCGACAGCACGUCGCAGAUGGUGUGGAUGAGCCACGGCGACGAGGCGACGAAGGCGCGUUCUCUGCCCGAGGGUUUCGAGUGCGUCGGCAAGUCCGACGCCGGCGCGGUCGUCGCGAUCGAGGACGCGAAGCGCAAGAUCUUUGGGCUGCAGUAUCACCCGGAGGUGACGCACUCGGAGCGCGGGAAGGAGACGCUGUCGCACUUUUUGUUUACCGUCGCCGGGGUGACCGCGGGGUGGAGCAUGCAAAACGUUUUGGACGAACAGCUCGAGAUCGUCCGACGAAAGGUUGGCCCGGACGCGCACGUGAUCUGCGCGCUGUCCGGUGGGGUCGACUCCGCGGUCGCGGCGACGCUCGUGCACAAGGCGAUCGGCGACCGGCUGCACUGCUGCUUCGUCGAUAACGGUCUGUUGCGGUACAAGGAGCAAGAGCGCGUGAUGACGAUGUUCAAAGAGCACCUGCAUCUUCCGGUGACGUGCAUCGACGACAGCGAACGGCUUCUGGGGAAGCUCAAGGGCGUGACGGACCCGGAGAAGAAGCGCAAGACGAUCGGCGCGGCGUUCAUCGAGGUGUUUAAGGAGUACAAGCAGACGGUGGAGAACAAAACGGGCGUCCGGCCGACGUUUCUCGUGCAAGGGACCCUGUACCCGGACGUCAUCGAGUCGUGCCCGCCGCCGGGAAGCGACCAGAAGCACUCGCACACGAUCAAAUCGCACCACAACGUCGGCGGGCUCCCGAAAGAGCUCGGAUUCGAGCUCGUGGAGCCGCUGCGGAUGCUCUUCAAGGACGAAGUGCGGAAGCUCGGUCUGAUCAUGGACGUCCCGAAGGCGUUCAUCUCUCGGCACCCGUUCCCAGGCCCGGGACUCGCGGUGCGCGUCCUCGGCGACGUCUGCGCGGAGGGGGCGCUCGAGACGAUCCGCGCGGUGGAUGAGAUUUACAUCAACGCGAUCAAAGACGCGGGGCUGUACGAUCAAAUCUGGCAAGCGUUCGCGGUGUUCCUGCCGAUCAAGUCCGUCGGCGUGCAGGGCGAUCAGAGGACGCACUCGCACGUCGUCGGGUUGCGGGCGAUCACCUCGAGCGACGGCAUGACCGCCGACUGGUUCCAGUUCGAGCCGAAGUUUCUCCAGGAAGUCAGCGCGAAGAUUUGCAACCAGGUGCGUAACGUGAACAGGGUCGUGUACGACAUCACGUCCAAGCCGCCGUCCACGGUGGAGUGGGAGUGAGGAGGAGCGAGAGGAAAGGCGCCGCGAGCGGGGGGGGACGGGAUUUUUGGAUUUGCGCGGAGGUAUUUUUUAGUCGCGCGUAGCGAGCGCGGCGCGUCGAUCGAUCGUUAUGAUGAAACGCGACGCGUUCGAUGUACUUCUGUGCUGUAUCAUUCUUUUCUUCGUUCUUUU